UUUGAGGUUAGGAUCUCCGAAACCACAAAGUUUGCAGCAGAGCAGCACGCAGAUUGCAGAAAGUGGUGGAGUGAAAAUUUUUAUCUGGCUGUCCGCAUUCUCUUCCAGGAAAGUAGCGUGCAUCGCGAUAAACCUCAUUUACACCAAUCUCGGCACGGAACGUGUUUGCGGAGGUAACCUGCGGGUGGAAAAGCUGCUGUCGUAGUUUUGGAAAUUCACAUAGAAUCGGAGGAAAAUUUCGCGAGGGCAAACGCGUGACAGAAGAUGGAGCAAAUCAUCAGGAAUUUGUUGGUGUCGGACAACGAUGUCAUACAACAGGCCAGCGCCGAUUUGAAGGAAGCCUUCAAGCGCCCGGACACGGUUCCACAGCUGUGCGAAAUUACCGUGUCCCACAAAGAUGCCCAAAUUCGACAAUACAGCGCCAUGCUAUUGAAGAAGCAGCUCGGUAAGCUGCGCAAUUGGCAGCAAGUUCCAGCGGAACAGCAGGCACUCAUCAAACAGGGCAUGCUGGAAGCCAUCGUAAAAGAACCGGAGAAGUCUGUACGUAAUGCGAUCACCGCCUUUGUGGGUGUGCUGGUGCGACACGAGGCCUCCAGAGACGGAGCCUGGAUGAAUGAAGUACUCAAGUUCAUGUUCGACAGCACAAGCUCCAGCGAUCCCAAGUUGGCCGAAAUCGGAUCGGCGACCUUCGCCACACUGGCGGACACCUCGCCGGACCAACUGAUUCCUCACUUCGAAACGGUUUGUCAGCUGUUCUCUUCCGCUUUGGUGGCUACUGAAGCUAGCGGCAACAUGACCACCCCGGUUGUUUUCAACAUCUUGCAAGGUAUGUCCCAUCUGGUGCGCUUCAUAACUGGGCACCCGGUUGCCGAAAAUACGUACCAACAAUCUAUUCCAUACGUGGUCAAGGCUCUGGUUGGGUUUGCCCAACAAGAUUCUUUCAAGUUUAUCGAGGCUUUCGAUAUUUUGGAAAAUUUGGCUGACGAAUCUUCCCGAAUCUUGACUCCUCAUUUGAAACUCCUCAUCGAGUUUUGUUUGGAAAUCGCGCAAAAAUCUGAUCUGGAAGAUUCGGUACGUGUCAAAGCUAUCACUUACAUCGGUUGGUUAGUACGACUUAAGAAGAAAAUGAUUAUCAAGCAGAAGUUGGUAGAACCCAUUGUCGUCGCUCUUUUCCAUCUGAUGAGCGUUGCUCCAGAUAUCGAGGAUGAAGAGGAAGAAUACUUCGGUAGCAAUGAAGUCUCUACUCCGAGUACAUGUGCUGCCCAGUCGCUGGACGUCUUGGCAUUGCACAUUCCUCCAAAACAGUUAAUUCCCACACUGAUGGCCCUCCUCGAACCGGCUCUUCGCGGAAAUGAUCCACUGGCCAAGAAGGCUUCAUAUCUCUCUAUCGCCGUCAUUGCCGAAGGUUGUUCGGAACACAUCUGCAACAAGUACCUUAAGCCGCUUCUGGAUGUGAUCAAAACGGGCAUCACUGAUCCCAAUCCAUUGAUCCGAAAUGCCGCGCUGUUUGCACUGGGUCAAUUUUCCGAACACCUGCAGCCGGAAAUCUCCCAAUACGCCGAGGAGAUCCUUCCUAUUCUGUUCGAAUUCCUGCAACAGUUGUGUCUGCAGAUCCGCAGCGGUGGUAAGGAACCUCAGCACAUCGAUCGAGUGUUCUACGCCCUGGAAACAUUCUGCGAGAAUCUCGAGGAUCAACUGACUCCCCAUUUACCGAUUUUGAUGGACCGCUUGUUUGAAGCACUCGAUGCCCGGAACACGGUUCAUCUGCGGGAGCUUUCAUUGACUGCCAUUGCUGCUACGGCCAACGCAGCCAAGGUUCACAUGCUUCCAUACUUCCCGCGGCUUAUCGAAAGUUUGAAAAUGUAUCUGGUAAAAACAGACGAUGAAGAUAUCUGCGCUCUACGUCCUCAGGCUAUUGACACUUUCGCCGCCCUGGUGAGAACUAUCGGAAAGGAUAACUUCCUUCCGUUGGCCGUGGAUACGCUAAAUCUUGGCUUAACCAUGAUGGAUGGGUGCGACGAUCCCGAUCUGCGAAGAAGCUGUUACAAUUUAUUCGCAUCGAUGGCAUCUUCAGUGAAGGAGGACAUGGCCGGGUCAUUGACCAAGAUCGUUGAAUCCAUGCUGGAAAGUGUGAAGAGUACCGAAGGCAUUGUUCCGACAUUCAAGGACGACAAUGAUGACCUUGUGCUGUUGAACGGCGCCGAUGAUGAGGAGGAAGAUGAUAAGGAGUACGACAUCGAAAAUUCUGACAACGAGAACGAAGAUGAGGACGACGACAUUGCCGGCUAUAGCGUUGAAAAUGCCUACAUGGAUGAGAAGGAGGAAGCUAUUUUGGCCCUAAUGGAAUUCGCUGAACAUACGGGACCGGCCUUUGCCCCAUUCAUUCAAACUGCCUUCGAAGAAAUCUACAAACUAAUCAACUAUCCCAAUGAGGACAUUCGGAAGGCAUCCAUCGACGCUCUGAAACAGUUCGUCAUAUCGCUUCAUGAGCUGGGAAAUGUCGAAGGAGUGAAUCAAACGAUUCUGGUAUUGAUCCCCAAACUAAGCGAAAUAAUUCGCACGGACGAGGAACGAACGGUUGUGAUGUCGGCCUUGGAUGGAUACAGUGACAUUCUGGAAAAGGUCGGUGCUGCUGCCAUGCAAGCCGACGGUCAGAAGGACGCCAUCUUCGGAUGCAUUGUGGACGUCCUGAAUGGAAAAGUAGCGUGCCAAUUUGACGAACCUGUGGACGAGGAACAGGAGGAAAGCGAAUACGAUGAAGCUAUUCUCGAAUCAGCUGGCGACAUUUUGCCUAAGUUUGGACGAGCUCUAUCACCGGCUGAGUUUGCAGUCUACUUUGGACGCGUUUGGCCUUACUUUAUUCAGAAAAUCGAGAAAACCAAACACAAAGACGAAACAACGGACUCGCAACGCGCCUUUGCAAUCGGCGUACUGUCUGAGUGCUUCCGUGGGUUGAAGGAGUUCACCGCAAACUGGGUGGAAUCGUUGUUGCCCAUUUUUGUCUCCUGCGUGCAGGAUCGCAACAACGAAGUGCGAAACAAUGCGGUUUAUGGCAUUGGAGAAAUGGUUUUGCACGGAAACGAAUGUUCUUACAAGCACUAUCCUCAAAUUUUGGCAUGUCUAUCGAACGUUGUUGCCAAGGAACAACACGCUGGAACCCUGGAUAAUAUUUGUGGAGCUCUGGCCCGUUUGAUUUCUACUAACAGCAGCUUAGUUCCCAUGAAAGAGGUCCUGCCAGUGUUUGUUCAAUACCUGCCACUACGCGAGGACUUUGAAGAGAAUCUCGCCGUGUUCCGCAGUUUGGAUGUGAUUUAUCGCCAAGGAAACGAACAUCUUAUCCCACUUCUAGGACGAGUCCUAGUGGUUGCCCUACAGGUCUUGUACAAGCAGCAGCACAAUAACGAUGAGUGCCGCGACCUGGUGUUCAACUUUGUCAAGCAGAUCAACCGCGACUUCCCUGACAAGUUCGCCGAAGUGGUGCGGAGCGAUGCCGAGAUUGCCAGCUUCGUGGAAACGCUUCCUCUUCAGUAGAAGUCGGCCCGUGUGCAUUUAAUGCGCAAACUGUACGUUUCCUACAUUGACCCCUAUCUGCAAACCUGUGUACGUCGCGUAGAGAAGAAAAGUGGUCAUAGCAGCCACCAAUCCAGUGCUAACGGUGGGCCCGGUUUUACAGACGAGGGUUAUAAGUGAAUGAAUGUUAAGUGUCGAUAUCUGUCAGUAUAAGUCACAACAACUCAACAACUGAAUGAUGUGCUCAGCAGCUUUCUCUAGUGUACCACAGGCUGCUAAAACUAACAAAACUCUUUUGUUGCAUCUACGACUACCCAGCGUUAAUGAAAUGUUCAGCAAUGGGAAUACAGCGUUCAUAGUCUUUUUUAUUCUACUCAGAAUAAAAAUAUAUAUUGAAAUAUCAACAUUAGACACACAUACCUUUACCCAUGCCAAUUUGAUAUCAGCUUUAACUACCAAGUCGAUUCUGUCCAGUGAAACUAACAUAUGCCAUGCAACCAUUUACCUACAUCCUCAAAAAUUUCCUUCCAUCUGAAACAAAAAUAGCCACCAGUCAAGAAAAUAAAAAGUGUAAAUGUGAUGAAUACCAUAGAGAAUAUGUAUAAAAACAAGGUCCUACUGAAUUUUAAAUUCAUUUCAUCAAAACUUUGCCGAGAAAUUAAAAAAAAAUAUCGACUUGAAGUUGAAUAUUACAAUUAACAAACGCUAAAUAUUACAAUAUGUUAAGUUUAUACAUCCUAUUACUAUAAUAUACAGCCUUAAUUGGAAUAUACGUUUUAUCUAAAAUCGAA